UGCUUGCAUUCCAGCUGCUUUUACUGUGGAUAGCAGAUUGCCUCAGUGCAAGUGAAGCAGAGCCCUCUGUCUCUCUGAGAACAGCCAAAAAACCAUGGCUAGUAAAAUCCAGGGUUUGAGUGAGGAGAGGGAGCAUCUACUCCCCCUGCUCCGGAACGCCCAGUGGGUGGUGGUGGUGGGAAGGGACGCCAUCUACAAAGUGUUCAUCUUCAAAGACUUCAUCCAGGUCCAGAUCACACUCAGCACACAUGACUGCGGGGGCCUCUCCAAGAGAGACAUCACUCUGGCUACCUUCAUCGACCAAGCAUCUGUCCUCUGAGCAACUCAUGGCCUGCAGCCAUUUCAGUCUAUCAUCUCAAUGGCAGAACCAAGAGCAGAGGACACCUAUUCAUCCCGCCCCAUACGUUAAUUCAGAUGACUAACCUGGGACAGGAACAGGAAAUGUCAUCUCAGAAUCCCAAUGAAUGUUUGUUUAAACGGUCACGUUCAAUUCAUAAUGUAACAUUUAGCAGGUGUGGUGUUUGUUACUAGACUGAUAUGGGAAGUGGAGCAAAAGACCAUUCAACUAUAUACAGUGGGGUCUGAAAUUGACACUCUUGAUAGAGAUGAGCAAUAAUGACUAAAAAAUAAAUAAUUCAAAUACUGAGCUAUAUUGUAUGCUCCAAAAAUUGGGAAAUUAUAUUAUUGUAUACUCAUACAAUUGCUCAGAAAAAUAGAUUUUGAUUAAGAAAUAAGACUCUUCUACAUUAAAUGUGGAUGCUACCAUGAUUAUCGAUAAUCCUGACUGAAUUGUAAAUGAGUGAGAAAGUUGCAGAGGGUCAAAGAUCAUAUGCCCAAGACAUGCUAACCUCCCGUUAUUGGUAAAGGUGAGAGGUUAGCAUGUCUUGGAGGGUAUGAUCUUUGACCCUCUGUCUCACUCAUCAUUAUUCAAGAUUCAUUCAGCAUUACCUGUAACCAUGGUAGCAUCCACAUUAAUGCAGAAGUGUUUAGAAACAUUUAAUUAUUACUUACGAUGUAACUCAAAUGACACAAUACAUUGUUUACCAUUCAAAUAAUCUGAAACACAACCAAAACAAACUGCAAAUGCAUCCAACAAGCUUGCAGUCACAAGCUUCAUGUAGUCAUGUGUGCUAGGAAUAUGAGACAAAAUACUAAACUUGACUACUUUAAUUUAUAAGAAUCUGUAGGGGUGUCAAUCAUUUUGACCCUUACCUUUUUGAAGAAAGAAUAUUACUUGUUAAACAAAAUCUCUCUGAGCAAUUGUAGUAGUAUAAAUGAAUAUAAUUUCCCACAUUUGUUUGAGCAUACAAUAUAUGCUCAGUAUUUCAAUUAUUUAUUUUAUUCAGUCAUUAUUGCUCAUCUUUAAUCAAGUGUCAAUUUCGGGACCCCACAGUAAAUGAAACAUUCCUCUAUCCCCAGCUGAGCAGAUCAAGUACUCAAUUUUUUUUUUUUUUAAGCAUCAAAAAAGGCACGUAAUAUGACUCUAGCUCUGACUACGAACUGGGGAAAAUUCCUUCACUUGUUCAUUCGUCAUUUUCUAAAAUUAUAGUGGCAACAUAAACACUGCGUUUUCUUGUCAGUCUGUCUAGUCUACUUGUGCCUACCAUUUGUCUCAAACUGUUUCCCUCUGUCAAAUGUUUUGUAAGUGGCAAAUAAAGUUGUUUGAAUAACAA